CAAAGAAUUACACCACAGAAUCCACAGCACAAAUUCAAGAAAAUAUCACAUCUUCAUUCAUUCAUUCAAGAAUAGUGCCCAGAAGCUUGGUUGAGGAGAACAAUUCAAGAAGCUAGUUAGCUACUUCAAUGGCUGCCACUUCGAUCUGUGCCGCCACGGGUUUCAAAGGGGGGUUUUCGGCUGCCGUGGGCGGCGAAGACUACGCGGCGCUUGCCCGGAAAAUGCCGGUGUUUGUCCGCGUGUCAAGGCCGGUCAGGGCGCAGCCUAUGAUGAAGAAUGUUAAUGAAGGGAAAGGGGUGUUUGCUCCUCUUGUUGUUGUCGUAAGGAACAUCGUUGGGAAGAAAAGAUUCAACCAGCUGAGAGGAAAAGCCAUUGCUUUACACUCACAGGUGAUCACCGAGUUCUGCAAGUCAAUUGGAGCAGAUUCAAAGCAGCGGCAAGGAUUGAUUCGACUAGCGAAGAAGAAUGGGGAGAAGCUUGGGUUCCUUGCAUGAGAGGAAAUUCCAUUUUCUCCAUUGACAAAA